GAUACUUCUAUAAUGAAGUCAUGUACAAGGGAUUGGAAUACUCAAAAGAAUAAUUGGCUAACAUUCCUAAACCAUUCAAGGCUUAAUUAACCACUGAGGAAGGCAGAAGACAAUUUGAAGUCAAUGUCAACAGAUUUAUUGAUCUCUAUCCAGGAGCAAUCGUUAGAGAGGGUGAAAAAAUUUUGAUUUCUAAAGAUUCUAUGCUCUUGAAGCAAUCAAUAAUAAUAGAGACCUCAGCAAAUUUGAUUCAUCUUUGAUUGCCCAAUUGAAAUCAGAACUCACUCAAUAGGUUGCUUUGAAGACAAGCACUAAAGUUAAGAAACAAAGAGCCUCCUUCCCAAGUUGGUUAUAGUAAGAUGGAAAGGGACUCUUAGCAUGAUCUAUUACAUAACAUAUAUAAUAAAAAUAAUAUUUUACAAUAAUAACAUA